UGGCCCUGUAGCGUCGCUAGCCGUGCUCCCCAGUGUGCUUCCCGCCCCCUGCUGCGGCGCCUCCCGACUCACCUCCCCACCCCACCUGCCAGCUGCGGCUCUCCGCGGGAGAUCUCACCGUUCUGGAGACGGGGCUCGCUCGCUCUCAUUGUAGACUGGAAGAACGGGCUGUCUGGGCCUUAGGAAAGGCCCAUGCUGUAUAAGGCAUGGGGAAAGGAAAGGAAGAAAGGCAAGGAACAAGAAGGAAGGCUUCCAACUGCCGCUUCCUGCCGGCUGCAGGCCUCCCUUCCUAAGCUGAGCUGAGGCUUCCUCUCCAUGGGCUGGGGAGGGGGCGCCAGGAGGCCUCGGCGGGUCCGCAAUUGGCCUGGACGGCAGUUCUCACGAAAGGUCCUGGGCCGGCAUCAUCAGCCUCACCUGGGAACUGGUUAGAACUACAAAUUCCCUCGGCCCCACCCAGACCCACGUCAAGGGCAGCUGUGGAGUGGGGCGCGGCGAUGCGCGCGUUAACAGCCCUCCAGGUGCCCGGCCACCCCGCUUCUCCGCCGGGAGCCAUGAAUCUCAGUAGCGCCAGUAGCACGGAGGAAAAGGCAGUGACGACCGUGCUCUGGGGCUGCGAGCUCAGUCAAGAGAGGCGGACUUGGACCUUCAGACCCCAGCGGGAGGGGAAGCAGAGCUGCAGGCUCUUGCUUCAUUCGAUUUGCUUGGGGGAGAAAGCCAAAGAGGAGAUGCAUCGCGUGGAGAUCCUGCCCCCAGCAAACCAGGAGGACAAGAAGACGCAGCCGGUCACCAUUGCCUCGCUCCAGGCCUCAGUCCUCCCCAUGGUCACCAUGGUAGGAGUGCAGCUUUCUCCCCCAGUUACUUUCCAGCUCCGGGCUGGCUCAGGACCCGUGUUCCUCAGUGGCCAGGAACGUUAUGAAGCAUCAGACCUAACCUGGGAGGAGGAGGAGGAGGAAGAAGAAGGGGAGGAAGAGGAAGAGGAGGAGGAAGACGAUGAGGAUGAGGAUGCAGAUGUAUCUCUGGAGGAGGAAAGCCCCGUCAAACAAGUCAAAAGGCUGGUGCCCCAGAAGCAGACGAGCGUGGCUAAGAAAAAAAAGCUGGAAAAAGAACAAGAGGAAAUAAGAGCCAGCGUUAGAGACAAGAGCCCUGCGAAAAAGGCCAAAGCCACAGCCAGAGCCAAGAAGCCAGGAUUCAAGAAAUGAGGAGCCACGCCUUGGGGGGCACGGUACAAAGUGGGCCUUCCCUGGGCUGUGCUGUGGGCACAGGGUGCCCCUGUCCAGCCCCUCUAUCUGUGUCAGGAUGUGACAGGGGUGUUGUGGGGGCAACAUGAGAGCCCCUCACUCCCAACUCUCCGCUUUCGGGAGGCCCCCAGUGAAGAGCCCCACCUCGGGGUCACAAUAAAGUUGCCUGGUCAGGA